AUGGAGGUCCUUCCCAAGGAUAUCAUAUCCGGAAUUCUUUCCCGUGUGACUCCUGAUUCAAUACUAACAUGCAAACUAGUAUGCAAGUCAUGGAAAACACUUCUCACUCAUGUAAAGGUAGGUGUUCUCUUCAUGGUUCAGUCAACAGAGGAAAAACAACUUGGAUUCUACUACGGAGACUUUGAUGAGCUUAUUGGUGACUGCGGUACUUUUAAAACAACCGCUAAGAAGAUCAACCAUCUUCCAAUUGUUAAGGGUGGUAAUCCUUUAGACUACGAGAUGGUUGGUUCUUGCAACGGCCUGGUUUGUUUAUAUGUACCCUACGCAGAUCCUAUCUACAUAUGCAAUCCCGUCACCGGAGAAUAUGUCUAUCUUCCAAAUCUCGACAGGAAGGUUCAUAAUAUAGCAGGUGGAUUCGGAUACCUUCGUACACUUGAUGUGUACAAGGUCGUUAGAAUUUACUACCCUGUCUGUCGAGGUAGAGGAUUUGUCCAGAUAUACACUCUUGGCAACUGCCGUGGAUGGAGAGAAAUUGGGGAGAUAGAACACUGCGUGGACUCUUACCCAGGUGUCCUUGCCAACGAAAUUCUUUACUUCAGGGUUGAUCGUGAAAAUAAUAUUUUGGCUUUGGAUUUAGCAAGCGAAGAGUUCUAUAUGCUCCCGAAACCAUCAUGUCUCAGUGAAUGUAAUACAACGAAAACCUAUCAACUGAAGGUAAUGAGAGGGUAUCUUUGUAUUGUUCUUUCAAAGAAAGGUGAAAACGUGGAGAUAUGGUCACUACAGAAUAACUGCAGUUCGAUAGAAAAGAAUUGUGAUUCCCGGAGAUGGAGCCUAGAUUAUAGUAUGCCGUGGUUUGGCCAUCCGUGCAACUUUUUUGAGCCUGUCGCCUUCACGAAGAGUAACAAACUUUUAGUCUGGUGUAAUGUAACCACUCUAUGUUGCUAUGACCCUCAAACUAGAAAUUUAAGAAGUAUUGUAGAGUACGAUGUGACUUUUGAUACGAUCCCUCAUAUAAACAGUAGCGUUUCAUUGAAAUCCUUAGGUAUGGAAGAACGUAUCAAAGAGAUCGAAGAAGAUCCAAGCAAGAGAGAAUCAUCAAAAGGAAUACUAGAGCUGCCAAUAUGUACAAUGUACGACGACCACGUGUUAGGCAUCGUUCACCCAAGCAAGGAAGAGUUAUGA